GCACUUUAGCAGAGGAGAAGAGAAAAUCGAAAGAAAACAUGAAAGUGAACACACAAAACUGAGAAAAGAAAAGCUCUUCAAGGUUUCAAUUCAAAACAGUGACAUAAAAAAAAGGAAAGAAAUCCUAAAAUCUCUCUCAACUUAUUCUUUGUUUGUGUCUAUUUUUUCGUGGGCCUUUUUCUUUUUUUGUUGUAUUUUUGAAGUAAAAAAAAUGGAGCAAAUUUUGGCUGUCUUCAAGCUUGAAGCAUGUGGCAUCAUCUAGGGGAAAAAGUUGAAAGCUUUCUUCAUUUUUAGCUUCGUUUUAGUAGUAUUUGUUAAAGAUAAAAAGGUUUGAUGGGGCGGGGUUGCAGGAGGAUGAUAGCAGGGAAUUUGGAUCCUGAAAGAAAAAGAAGUGGUGGGUUGAGAACGAAGCAGGCUGGUAGAGGCUCUUGCAGAGGAAGUUAGCGUUUUCUGCGUAUUUUUGCCUUUUCUUAUGAAUGUGGGCUAUUAAAAAGAUUGAAUUUGAGUCGUUUUUGUUGGUUGCUUUGCCUACAAUAUCUACAUUUUUGUUGGGUGAUUUAUAUUUUCAGAAGAAGGAAAAAGGAGAAGCGCUAUGGGUGGUUUGUUGAAAGAAGCUUUGAAGUCACUUUGUGGGGUGAGUCAGUGGUCUUAUGCUGUGUUUUGGAAGAUCGGCUGCCAGAAUACUAAGUUAUUAAUUUGGGAGGAAUGUUAUUAUGAACCUGCACUGUCUCCCGUCCUUCCAUGCAUUACUGGACUUCAGAACCCUGAAUUGUCAUUUGGAGAGUGGGAGGGAUCUUGGGGUUCUGAAACUUCCUCUCAGCUUGGGAGUCAACCACGGGACAAAGUCCAUUUGCUGAUAAACAAAAUGAUGAUAAAUAAUCGCAUUAACAUAGUAGGUCAAGGGUUAGUUGGUCGAGCUGCAUUUGUGGGAAAUUAUCAGUGGAUUCUUGCAAAUAAUUUCAUCACAGAUGCCCACCCCCCAGAGGUUCUAAAUGAGGUGCAUCUCCAAUUUUCAGCUGGCAUACAGACUGUUGCGGUUAUUCCUGUUCUUUCUCAUGGUGUUCUUCAGCUUGGUUCUUUCUCUACUAUUAUGGAGAACAUGGGAUUUGUGAAUGACGUGAAGAGUUUAAUUCUGCGUUUGGGAUGCAUCCCUGGAGCUCUUCUCUCUAACAGCUAUGGGACAAAUGAUUGCGUUGAAAAAAUUGAAAUUCCCAUUUCAAUGGAUUCAGUUGGAAUUUAUAGGUCUACAAAUUCCAUGACUUCAGUUGCUGAAGGCUGCAACCAACAAAGCAAUUUAUCUCAGUCUUCGAGGGUUAUUGGUCAAUCAUCUUCCCUGAUCGAGCAGAUUCAAGAAAACUCACAGGGUGCUCCUUCAACUUCCCAAUUACCUGGCCUGAACCAUACUGCGGCAAAAUCUCAUGAUGAUAACAGUGAAUCAAAAAGCAGUCCACAGAUGAAGCAAAACCUAAAUUUUAAAAGUCAAAUGGACUGUGGAGAUGUUGGUGCUGAAAUAAUUCCCUCUAACCCAACUUUGUGGCUGAACCCUCAAGUUUCUUUUUGCAACUCACAGUCUGGGUUCAAUUGUCAGGCCAUAAUUGGUCAAUCAAUUGCCAGUCAUAGCAGCAUAAAAUCAAUGGAGCAACAGAUUUUGUUAGAUGCUGGUCUACAAAAUCAUGUUAUUAACAGCAGUAGUGCGUCAAAUAGCCAAAUGAAACCAAAAUCAAUCCCAGACAUUGUUCCUAACUUGAUGAAACCAGAACAUAUUACUUCCUCUUGCACGCAACUGUCAGGGAGUGGGUUUCAGAAAGUUUGUUCAUCUAGAUUGGAUGUUCCUUUAUCCAUCCUGGUCAAUCAAUUAACUAGUACUUGUAUGCUUUCAGGAGUUCCUAAUCAAGGACAUGAUUCUGAGAAUUCUAAUUGUGCACGAGCUGCUUUAGUUCCAAAGAAAGAAACUGUAGAUAAUGAUUUGUUUCAAGCACUUAAUAGUCCAUUGCUCCAUGCUGAUGAUGGCAUGCCUUUUACUGAGCAGUUCCCAAGCGCCAUUCAUGAUUGCCUUAAGCAUGAAAGUGAAAGUUUGAGUACUAGAUCCUUAAAUGUAAAGUAUGAAGAUGCAUGUGUCCAUUCUCCAUCAGGGAAUGACUUGUUUGAUGUGUUGGGAGCAGAUUUGAAGAGCAAACUACUCUAUGGGAAAUGGAAUAAUGUGCUUGCUGAGGGAUCAGAUUUGCAGAUGCAAAGUCCGGGUACAGAUACGUCAAUAUUUAGGGAUAUGCAGAAUGAGUUUUCUGAUAUUUUUUCAGCUAAUGAAGGGAUAUCAGACCCCUGUAUUUACACUGGGGUGGGUACAGAUCAUCUUUUGGAUGCUGUGGUUUCUAGUGCAAAAUCUGCUGCGAAGCAGAUAUUAGAUGACAAUGUGUCCUGCAGGACAACAUUGACAAAGUUCAGUAACUCCUCUGUUCCUAGUAGUUCUCCCACCUUUGGCCAGGUUAGUAUUAACAAUCAAGUGCAAGGGGAGUCGCUUGGUGGCCUUCCUAAGUCUUUGUUGAAAGGUGGGACUCUUCCAUCCAGUUCUUAUAGAUCUGGCUGUAGCAAGGAUGAUACUGGGACUUGUUCUCAAACUACUUCAAGGUAUGGUUCUCAAAUCAGUUCAUGGGUUGAGCAGGGUCAUAAUUCAAGGCGGGAUACCAGUGUCUCAACCGCAUAUUCAAAGAGGAAUGAUGAAAUGAUCAAACCGAAUCGCAAAAGGCUAAAACCUGGAGAGAAUCCUCGACCUAGGCCAAAAGAUCGCCAGAUGAUCCAAGAUCGAGUGAAAGAGUUGAGAGAAAUUGUACCAAAUGGAGCGAAAUGUAGCAUAGAUGCCUUACUAGAGAAAACCAUCAAGCAUAUGCUUUUCCUGCAAAGUGUAACAAAGCAUGCAGACAAGCUAAGACAAACUGGAGAGUCUAAGAUAAAGGAAAACUUUGAGGGUGGGGCAACAUGGGCAUUUGAGGUUGGUUCGCAAUCCAUGAUCUGCCCUAUUGUGGUAGAGGAUCUGAAUCCACCUCGUCAGAUGCUUGUGGAGAUGCUUUGUGAAGAACGAGGUUUCUUUCUGGAAAUCGCUGAUUUAAUCCGGGGUUUGGGAUUGACCAUCUUGAAGGGAAUCAUGGAAACUAGGAAUGACAAGAUCUGGGCACGUUUUGCAGUGGAGGCAAACAGGGAUGUUACAAGGGUGGAGAUAUUUAUGUCACUUGUUCGUCUUUUGGAGCAAACUGUGAAGGGCAGCACAUCAACUGCCAAUGCUUUUGAUUGCAACAAUACGAUGGUUCAUCACUCUUUUCCCCAAGCUACCUCUAUAACUGCAACUGGUAGGGGCAGUAGUUUACAGUGAACCACCUUGCUGCCUGGUUUUCUGGUUUAGAUAUAUUAAGAGCUAAGAGCUAGCCUAGCUUUGCUUGCCAUGACUAACAUACAGUCUGGACUUGGGUGGUUCUGACGUUGACUAACGAUUUUGUCUCCCACAUGACUGACCUUGUUUUGGAGAGGGGGAUUUGUUUAUUAGUGAAAGCUUGUCAACAACUUUCAAAUGGCCUGCUUUGAACUUCUGAGGUUCCUAUUAUGUACCUUAAGAAGAAACAGAAAAAGAAUCAGUCUCAAGGAGAACACCAUUCAGGAAAAAGAAAAGGCUUUUCAGAUAUUUGAAUUUUGUUGAAUUCUGUUUGAUGGAUAAACCUGUAGUCAGAAAGGUGGGUAGCACAAUAGUUCAGCAUUUAUGGUUUUCUCAAAUGUAUAGAGGAAUUGGGAUAUGAAGUGAAGGGAUGAGGUGUUUUGCCACCAGGAAAGGGACUGCAUUUUUUUCCUCAACACCUGCCCUGGAGUCUUCUUUUUUUCUUGGGUUAGGAAUGUUUUAUAUCUUGUGGUAGUACUGGAAUGUUUACGUUCUGCUAAUCUAUGCAUUUGCUGAAUGAGCUGUUUGGUUGGUUUAAUAGCGUUGGUAUAUUGGUGCCUCUGACCUUGUGAAAGCAACAUUUUGGUGAAUGUUGUCGAGUGUUGCGAGCUUAAAAAUUGGUAUCUAGUGUUAACAUUGUGAUCUGCUAAAAACUGCCAAAACGGUGGUUCCUUCUCACCCACAAGGAACUAUACAUCUCAAUUAACUUGGCCCGGUGUGCAUCCUUCAAACUUGUACCCGGGCAUAUGAUUCCAGGAUAAGUAAUGAUUAUUUGCAUUCCU